AAAGACGACAGGACAGUAAUAUCCUACAGAUAUGUCACACGGUGCCUUGACAGUUUCAGGAUUAUUUUUUUUCUCAUCUAAGGUUUUAACACUCCUACCAGGAACACCGGAUGGAUGUAUGCAUACAAAUGGGACAAGAUAUUGCUGUAGUGGUUUUUACGAACUGAAUGAUAAAUGUCACGAAUGUCUUGGUUCACUUGGAUAUAACUGUACCAGUCCGUGUCCAUCUGGUUCCUUCGGACCUAGAUGUAUGGAAUCUUGCGCGUGCCCAGAUGAAGAGUGUAAUAAGGUUUUGGGCUGUAUUGAAGAAAAAUUAACAACGACAUUUAAAGGAUUAUUAUUUCUUCACUUCAUUAUGGAUACAGCAAAGGAAAAUGUUACAUCUGGGUCUAAACCAGAAAAUGGUACCAUAUCACAUCAGACAAAUAUAACAACAGUCUUAAGUUUUGAAAGCAUGACCAAUGACUUCGGAGUUUGGGAACACAUCACAAAUCUCAUAAAUAAAUGGAUGCACUGGUUCAUUAUUUUGGUCAUUGUGAUAUGUCUCACCAUUUUUGGAAUUUGUAUUAUAAAAUGCAGAAACGAAAGGAUUAAAAUGGGAGCAAAGCAACGUAUUCUGGUACCCAUAAACCAAGUGUUUGAAGAACAGCAAAACAAUCAUGGGAAUGUAUAUACAGAUAUGCAAAACGAGAACUUGCCUGUAUAUGCCGAUAUCAACACCAUUGUAGAUGAAACAUCAAGGAAAGAGUAUAUGCAAAGAAGCCAUUUCUCUGAAUAUCAAAAAGUAAAUCAUGAUUACCGUGCACUGGAUUUAUAUACUGAUAUGUCGGACAUUCAAACAAAUGCUUAUAUUGAUAUAUUACCCGAUCCAGAAAACAUAGAUGGAUGUGGCUAUAUGUCUUUAAACGAUUUGUGUGAGAAACAGACUGAUAACCAUGCAUAUCAUGAUAUUAAUGAACGGGUAUCCAAAGAUAUGUCACAUGUUAAAGAUUCAGAACUGAAUGAACAUGGUUCGACAGAACACGUGUAUAUGCACACUACCUGACUUUUUUUAACGAAGCAAAAUAGCUUUGCUUCAACGAAGGGUUCAUCGUCAAGCCUUCGUAUAUUUAUCUCUUCCUUCCUCCAAUGCCUGAAAAAUUUCCUUAAAAGUAUACACGCUAUAACUUGCGCCAGUUAAAAUACGAUAAGAAAUUGAUAUAAUUUGUUUAUCAAUAAAAGUUACGAAAAUACUGUAAAUUACACCAUUAAAAUUAAAUGCGUUACAAAGUUAUCAAAUUAUAAUUUUUUAUUAUCCUGCAAGGAAAGAAAAAUAGCUUUUUUUAAAUAAAUCCAUCACGUGACGUCGUCGCUACAUUUAGAUUGAUAAACACACGUGGCGUAAAGAAAACAAUGUAGGCCGUUUGAGAUACUACUCACUUUUCACGUGGAUGGCAAGCGUCUUACUUAAUGGUACUCAUCUUUAAAUGUAUUUAGUAUCAACCAUCUUCUCUGUUAUGACGCAUUUUAACCUUAUAUUAAUAAUUGUUGUCAAAAUGCAACAUACCUCGUUGUCUGUGAUUUCCCGUGGACAUGUGUUUCUAUAUAUAGGCCUACUGCAUACGCACUUCCUUCAUCAAUAUUCAUGAAAAGACUGAAUUCUUAAUUCCUAGAUAUUGUUUAAUUGUUUUGUUAUAAC